UAUUUCUCCUAAGUCUGACAACAUGGCUUUAAACAAAUAACCUCCUAUUUCCUAGUGUACAGGAUGCAAGACAUCCCCCUUUUCCCCCAGCUAACUUAAAUGAGUCAGAAUAUAGUCACUUCUGCUCCUUGUUUCAUUUAAGGGACUGAUAUAUGCAAUGAGAGUAUUAAUAGACAGUUUUCUGCUGGUAUGUUUAACUUUCUCAUUCUCCUUCUCAGGAUGUGAUCUUCAUGGUGUGCUGGUGGAAAAACUGAGUUGUAAAUCACCCCAAUGGAUGCGGACAGUGAUGUUGCAUUGGACAUUUUAAUCACAAACGUAGUGUGUGUUUUUAGAACAAGAUGUCAUUUAAACUUGAGGAAGAUUGCAUUAGAGGGAGCAAAUGUGAUAUACAAGCGUGAUGUUGGGAAAGUAUUAAUGAAGCUUAGGAAACCUAGGAUUACGGCCACAAUUUGGUCCUCAGGAAAAGUUAUUUGCACAGGAGCCACAAGUGAAGAAGAAGCUAAAUUUGGUGCCAGACGAUUAGCUCGUAGUCUACAGAAACUAGGUUUUCAGGUGAUUUUCACAGAUUUUAAAGUUGUGAAUGUUUUAGCAGUGUGCAACAUGCCCUUUGAGAUCAGAUUGCCCGAAUUUACAAAGAAUAACAGACCUCAUGCGAGUUAUGAACCAGAACUUCAUCCUGCGGUUUGUUACAGAAUAAAAACUCUCAGAGCUACCUUACAGAUUUUUUCAACAGGCAGUAUCACAGUUACAGGGCCAAACGUAAAGGCUGUUGCCAGUGCUGUGGAACAGAUUUACCCAUUCGUGUUUGAAAGCAGGAAAUAAAUUUUAUAAUUCACCACUUAAUGGUUAGGUUCCCUAACCAAGCACCUUUAAAGACUGCUGCACAUUGGACUAAAAGCAAAAAGGAAAACUGGACCAACUAUAGCAGAGGAAUACAGACUCUUUUACUUGUUCAUGGCCACAGUAUAAACUCCAGUCCUUUUGGAUUUUAUUUUUAACAGUGCUGUAUUGUAAAAACAGAAGUUUACAGGAUAUGAAAUUGCUGCUUUUAAAAAGACAUUCUAUUUAUUUUUGCAGUAAUUUCUGUGUAUUCAUAAGCAAAGCCGUCACGAUGUGCACUACCUUUAAAACUUUUUUUUUUUUUUUUAGUUUGAGCUUGUGUUUUAUUUGUGAAUGGUCUUUUACAUUUUUGUAUGUUGAAUAUUGGGCACCAAAGAAGCUGUAAAAGUUAUCUUUUUCACCUGAUGAAUGUGCACAAAUAAAAGUUUGGAAAAUAUUUCUCUUCA